AUGCACUUAAAAUUUGUGUGUGUAGAAAAUACUAGCUCUAAACUGUAAAACUUGUAGUGAAUAUUAAUAAAAAUAAAAUAACUAUGAGUAGUCUUAAACGUAAGCUUGAGGGUGAGGUUGAGAUUAGAGCAACUGCUGCAGAUGCGCACCAUGAAAUAGUUUCGAGUAAACCUCAUCAUGUUUGUCAUGCAGCCUCUCACUUUAUUCAGGCGGUUGAUUUGCACGAGGGUGACCAUGGUAACCAAGGCUGUAAAUCUCUUUGGAAGUACACUUUAGGUGGGAAGCCUUUUGAAGCGAAGCUUGUAGUUGAUGAGAUUGAUGAGCAGAAGAAGUUAAUCAAAUACAGAGCCAUCGAAGGCCAUAUAUUAGAAGAGUAUAAGACCAUAACUGGAACCUGCCAAGUGAUACCCAAAGAUGCUGAAAACUGCAUAGUCAGGUGGACAUUUGAGUAUGAGAAGCAGCACCCUGGUAUACCUGAGCCGACUGCUUUACUCGAUUCUUGGCUUAGUGCUGCCAAAGAUUUGGAUGAUCAUCACCAUGGCAUAAAGAAAUAAUAAGCAUGUUUGUAUGUGUUUGUCCCUGGAUGAUAAAUUCCGUCAAUAAUUUCAACAAUUCGUUUCUGCAGACGUAGUUGUUGUCUAAUUAUCAUCCAGGUUUAUUAAUAUGUAUGGUUAAAGAUUAUAAAUAUUGUUGUAUUUGUAAUAUCCAUUGCAACUGGCAGCACUAUUAUAAGUGCAGACCUAGUAUGUGUCUUUGUGUGUUCCUUUGUGAAAUAUAUUAAGACGUGCUUUAAUUUACAUGGCAUGUUUACUUGUGGUGA